GCGCCUGGGUCAACGCCGGCCCGUGACCAUCUACCGGCUCGUCACGACCGGGACCAUCGAGGAGAAGAUCUACCAGCGGCAGAUCUUCAAGACGGCGAUCAGCAACCGAGUCCUGGUGGAUGCGAAGCAAAAGCGCUUGUUCU